AUGGAGACCAGCGAUGGGAAGGCCUUUCCUCGCCGGAAAUGGUAUAGGAGAGUACCUUUCCUAUCGCAGAGACCGAUCGAGACUAAGCUCACGGAGCGGCAUGUGAAACCGAAGUCUACCUCCACGUCCAACGCCGAAAGUGGCCAGGGCACCGACACUCAAACAUACGAGACGGAAACGCCAGAGACGACGGCGAACUUGCUGUCCAUCAUCACGUUCAACUGGCUGGGCACACUACUCCGGACAGGCUACAGUCGACCUCUCCAGGCCGACGACCUCUAUGAUCUUCCAAACACCAGCCUAACCAUUGACCAUGCCGAUCGGCUCGAGAAGUCAUGGGCUGCAAGGCUCAAAGCCAACCGAGAACGACCUCCUCCGCCUAAAGGGUGGCUUUCUUGGAGACCCUUCUGGGAGCGACGCACGACCGACGCAACCGUCCUCACGCUCUCCCUCAACGAUGUCUGCUUCCGCCGCUUCUGGACAGGAGGCUUCCUCAAGAUGCUCGGCGACCUGACGCAGAUUGUGUCGCCGCUUCUCAUCCGCUUCGUCAUCAACUCGCUGAGCGACCCAUCCGAGCAGGCAUACCGGUCGGGCUUUGGCCUCGCAGUGGGGCUAUUCCUGGUGCUGGCCUUCUCCAUCAUCACCAAUGUCCACGGCUUCUACCGGUCCGCGUCGACCGGCAUUCUCCUCCGCGCCGCCCUCAUGCACGUCCUCUACCGUCGAGCGACGACGCAGCUCACCGAGCAGGCCAAGCUCAAGGGCAGCUACGCGACGGGUAAGCUCAUGAGUUUGAUGAGCGCUGACAUCACUCGCAUCGACUUUUGUUGCGGCUUCUUCCACUCUGCAUGGACGAGCCUGCUCCAGAUCAUCCUGUGCCUCGGUCUCACUAUUUGGACCCUCGGAUACAGUGCGCUGCCAGGCUUUGGGCUGUUGGCACUUCUCUACCCACUACAGUCAUUCAUGAUGAAAACCCUCUUCCGCCUCCGCCGAAACAGCAUGCCCUUUACAGACGCGCGCAUCAAAGCCGUCACUGAAGCAGUGUCCACCAUACGUCUAGCCAAAACAAACGCUUACGAGCAGAGCAUGCUGUCCAAGAUUGGCAAGCUGCGCAACGAUGAGGUCAUUUACAUCCGCAAGAGGAUGCUCCUGCGCGCCCUGAACAUCGCCGUCUCGUUCACGGCGCCGACCCUCGCGUCGGUGGUGAGCAUUCUUUGCUACGGCGCUACGAGCGGCAACAUGGACCCCGGCAAGAUCUUCUCGUCCCUGGCUUUCUUCCUCCUCAUGAGAACGCCGAUGGGCUCCCUGCCCAUUGCCAUCUCAGCGAUUGCCGAUGCUAGAGCCGCACUGGAACGACUGGCUGGGUUCAUGGUUGUCUCUGAUGAGGCCGUUGCGCGCGACGCCGCCCGUCGCGAAGAGCUUGGUCGAAGGGGACGAGAGGCAGGCGGCGAUGCUGUUGUCGAGGUUAAAGAUGCGAUGUUUACCUAUCACGACGACCCGCAGUCAUCAGACAGUGACGAUUUCACCAACGAGAAGGCAAAUGCUGCCCCAUCAGCGAACCUGUAUAUCAAUUCGCUCAAGGCGAAAAAAGGUCAGGUUGUGUGCAUCGUCGGCCCCGUUGCAUCUGGCAAGUCCUCGGUAUUCAGGGCGCUGCUGGGCGAUAUGCACCUCGCCAGCGCCACGUUGUGCUCCAUCAACCUCGACCUAUCCGUACCCUCGCAGCUGGCGUUUGCGCCCCAGGCAGCUUGGCUUCUUAGUGAGACAGUCCGGGAGAACAUCGUCUUUGGACGCCCUUUUGAACCCGACUGGUAUGACGAGGUCCUCCACCGAUGCUGCUUGCACCCGGACCUUGCGAUGCUGUCUGAUGGCGACAUGACUGUCGUCGGUGAGAAAGGCGUUUCACUGUCGGGGGGCCAGAAGCAGCGAAUUGCGCUGGCCAGAGCGGUGUAUGGUCGCAGCCAACUGAUGCUCCUGGACGAUUCUUUCUCUGCGCUUGAUGCCCAAGUCGGCGCGCACGUGUUUGAGAACGUUGUCAACCAGGCGCGUCGGAAGUCUGAGGGCACCAUUAUCCUGGUCACGCACUCGAUGGUCUUCGCUCGUCAGGCUGACCAUGUUGUGUAUAUGGAAAAGGGCCGAAUUGUUGAGCAGGGCACGUUUGAUCAGCUUGAAAGGGGCGGCGGCAGGUUCUCUGAAUACAUCAUGUCCUCCAAGUCAGAGGAAUCGAGCUCGGCCACAUCCAUCGCCACUACGCCAACCGCUGAAGCCGAUGACAAGUCUGAAUUGCGGCUCCCAGAUGAAAGGGUAGCUAAGACAAAUGUGGAAGAAAAUAAGCAAGACAAAGAUGAGCCCUCGGCUCUAGCAGGAAAACAGCCGACAGCACAGAAAGAAAGAGGCAAAGAGAUCAUGCAGCGUGAGGAGCGCCUCAUCGGCACCGUCAGCGGAAAGACAUACCUCCGCUACCUCAAGUUUGGCAACGCCUGGAUCACGGUGCCCCUCUUCUUCGCAGCCAUCGCCGUGUUCCAGGGCAGCAGUGUCGUCUCGCCCCUCUGGCUGAGCUGGUGGCAGACCGGCAAGUACGCCAUGACGGAGGGCGUCUACAUGGGCGGCUUCGCGGCAUGGGGCAUCGGCCAGUCACUCGGUCUCUUUAUGACCAGCGUUGUAUUUGCCCUUUUCUGCUUCUGGUGCUCCAACCACCUCCAUGCUGCCGCCCUCUCGGGCAUCCUAUUUGCUCCGAUUGCGUUCUUCGACACGACGCCGCAGGGUCGGAUCACGCAUCGCUUUAGCAAGGAUAUGGAUGCCGUUGACAAUGUCGUCGGCGAACAGUUGCGCAUCUUCAUCUCUACGACAGUGCAAGUCAUCGGCACGAUCAUUGUCGUCAGCAUCGUCCUGCCAGUCUUCUUGGCUAUUGCGGCGGGUGUCUUGCUCCUGUAUAUCUGGACGGGCAUGUACUACCGUCCGGCCGCGCGAGAGCUGCGGCGCCUGAACAACCUCCUCCGGAGCCGGAUCUACGAGCACUUCAACGAGUCGUUGUCUGGACUGCCGACGCUGAAAGCCUUUGGUGUUGUGGGGCAGUUUGUCGAUGAUAACGCGCGCAAAAUUGAUACUGAGAAUAAGGCGUACUGGCUCUCUAUCGCCUGCGUGCGCUGGCUCAAUUUCCGGCUAGAUCUCUAUGGGGCUGUGCUUGUCCUCGGCACGGGCCUGCUUGUAGUCGGGCUGCGUGAUACUAUCGAUCCCGCUUCAGGAGGUGUGGUACUGUCCUACAUGGUCACUGCCCAAGCAGCGUUUGGCAACAUGAUUCGCUUCAGCGCCGAGAUUGAGAACAACAUGAACUCGGUCGAGCGGUUGCUGUACUACGCUUAUAACAUCCCCCAAGAGCCCCCACAUGAUGUCAGGAACAACAAGCCUCUUAAGGAGAAGAACUGGCCCAGUAAAGGCCACAUUAAAUUCGAGAACCUCACGCUCAGCUACCGCCCCGAGCUGGACCCGGCACUCAAGGACGUGACGCUCGACAUUCGUCCUGGUGAAAGGAUCGGUGUCAUCGGCCGGACGGGUGCGGGCAAGAGUACUCUAAUCACUGCUCUCCUCCGACUUACCGAGCCAUCCAAAGGCCGGAUCGUCAUCGACGAUGUCGACAUCCACACCGUCGGCCUGCACCUACUACGAUCAAACAUGUCCGUCAUCAGCCAGGACGCCGUGCUCCUAGCCGGUACUAUACGUUAUAAUCUUGAUCCUUUCCAGCAGUAUGAUGACGAAUGGCUCGUACACUGCCUGCGCAUGGUCGGGCUCGGCGGGGAUGACAACAAGGCUAGCACGGAAGAAGCAGACAGCGACCCUGAGAAAGAUACCGGACAUCGCGGAUCUGUCCUGCACCUCGACUCCGAGGUCAAGGAGAAUGGAUCCAACAUAUCACACGGCCAGCGGUCGCUGAUCUCCAUUGCCCGGGCCCUUGUCAAGCGGUCCAAGAUUGUCAUCUUGGACGAGGCUACGGCUUCUAUCGAUGGCCGGGCCGACAAGGAAAUCCACGCCAUGCUACAGGAGGUCACGGGUGAUGCUACUGUCCUGACAGUGGCUCAUAGGCUCGACACUGUUGUCGACUCGUGUGACCGGGUCUUGGUCAUGGAGAAGGGGACCGUUGCCGAGUUCGAUACUGUCUCUUCUCUAUACGCCAAGCCGAAUGGUCUGUUCAGGGCUUUAUGUGAUGCUGCUAAAAUCACACUUUCAAGCUAG